AUGGCGGUGAGCUACGCGGACUGUUUGAGCCCCUACGAGCACAAGGGGAAGGUCGGCAUGCCCGAGCUCUACGACCCGGACGACGUCGUCGAGGCAAAGGCCGCGCAGCUGGCCGAAUGGAUCCGCCAGGCAAAGCACACGCUCAUCAUCACGGGCGCCGGGAUCAGCACGUCGGCGGGGAUCGCCGAUUUCCGCGGGCCGACCGGUGUGUGGACGCUGGAGAAGCAGGGGAAACCGGCGGAUUCGAUUGAUUUCGGCACAGCGCGGCCUACCUACACACACGAGGCCAUUCGAAUACUGGAGAAGCACGGUUAUGUUAGCUUCCUAGUCUCGCAAAACGUCGACGGGCUGCACCACCGCUCUAGUUUCCCGCUGAACCGCAUGGCCGAACUGCAUGGCAACGUCUUUGCCGAGCAGUGCAUUAAAUGCAAAAGGCGAUACUACCGCGACGCACCGGUCAACUCGUUCUGCCUGCGGCCCACCGGCAAUUUUUGUGAGGGUACGCCGAGGGGGCGCCCUUGCCGAGGGGCGCUGCACGACAUGACGCUCGACUGGGAGCACGACCUGCCCGAGCCCGAUUUCUCGGCCACAAAACAUGAAAAGAAGGUCGAUCUGACGAUCCACGCGGGCGUUGACUACGUGAUGCGUCGAGUGAUGAGUUUGCUAGGCUUGGACUGUGCCAAGAAGGAGGAAGGAGAUGCUGACGGCAACCUCGGCGCCAAGCAGGAGGUCGUCUGGGAAUCGGCGCGGCCGCUCGAGGACCCGGCGGCGCUGCUGAAGGAGAGGACGCGGAAGCGGAAAGCUACCGUGGCUGCUGAUGCCAAUAUUGUGCGGCCGUUCUCGAAAAAAGCACGCGAAGCUACCGUAUCUCAAAUUGAAUCGAAGCGUGCGGUAGAGCAAAUUACCGCCGAGAAGCCUGGAACGUCAAGUGAAGAGGCUACGGUGGAAACGAAAAAUUUCCAAGAAGAGGAGUCCAACGUACAGAGGAGCGGAGCGGAGCCUCGGAACAAUGAAGGCAAUUCCGAGGAGAAACAAUCGAAUUCUUCUGAUCAGGAAACUACAGUAACCCAACCGGAUGGGAACGGGAAAAUCGAAAAUCACCUCGUCCAGAGGAGCCUGACGGAAGCUACCGUACACCCAGAAGCCGCGGUAACUCCUUCAGAAUCGAUUAAAAACUCCCGAACUGGGCUCCCGAUUUUG